UGAAAACACGACGCAGCGCUGCGUCAUGGCGUCACACCUCAAACAGGAAGUGACCCCGAUCAACACAACACAGCGAAGACCUGCUGAAGAAGCUAACCUGCUAACCGGCUAACUGCGCAGAUAAAACAAACACCGGGAGGUUUCCCGUUUCUCAGCGGGCAGCAGAGCACCGAGCAGAGCACCGACUCUCCGCCGAGAUGCCUGAAACUGAGAGUUACUCCAACCCGCUGGCUCCUGAUGGACACGAGGUGGACGACCACCGCGCUGCAGCUCAGUCCAAGCUGACCAACGAUGACUUCAGGAAGCUGCUGAUGACGCCGCGGGCGACGCCCUCGUCGGCUCCGCCCUCCAAGUCCAGACACCAUGAAAUGCCAAGGGACUACAAUGAGGAUGAGGAUCCUGCAGCGCGGAGGAGGAAGAAGAAGAGUUACUAUGCAAAGCUACGUCAGCAGGAGAUGGAGCGAGAGAGAGAGCUGGCCGAGAAAUACCGAGACCGAGCGAGAGAGCGCCGAGACGGCGUCAACAAAGACUACGAAGAGACAGAACUGAUCAGCACCACAGCUAACUACCGAGCUGUAGGACCCACCGCAGAGGCAGAUAAGUCUGCGGCAGAGAAGCGUCGGCAGCUGAUCCAGGAGUCUAAGUUUUUGGGUGGUGACAUGGAGCACACUCACUUGGUGAAAGGUCUGGACUUCGCUCUGCUGCAGAAGGUGAGAGCUGAAAUCACCAGCAAGGAGAAGGAAGAAGAAGACAUGAUGGAGAAAGUCCAGAAAGAGGCCAAGAAAGACAUGGAGCCGGAGGAGAAGAUCGAGUUUAAGACGCGUCUCGGUCGGAACAUCUACCGCGUGGUGUUCAGGACGGGUCAGGUGGAGAGGAACGAGCUCUUCCUGCCCGGCAGGAUGGCGUACGUGGUCGAUCUGGAUGACGAGUUCACCGACACCGACAUCCCCACCACACUGAUCCGCAGCAAAGCAGACUGUCCCAGUAUGGAGGCUCAGACGACUCUGACCACCAACGACAUCGUGAUCUCUAAGCUGACUCAGAUCCUGUCGUACCUCCGACAGGGAACACGCCACAAGAAGAUGAAGAAGAAGGAGAAAGGUAAACUGGACGAUAAAAGAGCUCCUGAAGCUGAUCUCAGUAUCUUUGAGGACAUCGGAGACUACAUCCCGUCCAACCCGGCGUCCUCCAAACCCCCCAAAGACAAAGACCGCCACCGGGACCGAGAGAGAGACCGGGAGAGAGACAGAGACCGGGAGAGAGAGGAAGACAGCAAGAGCCGCAGACACAGUUACUUCGAGAAGCCACGAGGAGACGAGCACCAGGUGAUGGAGGUGGAUUCAGGUCCUGGAUCAGUCAGAGAGCAGAUCAAAAUGAUCAAUGAGAAGUUUGCAGGAGCAGCAGGCAGCCAAUGGCAGGGCCAGGACUCUGUGCCGGGGAGGAGAGACAGAGACAGUAAGGAGCAGCUGGGAGAUUUCUUUGGAGGAUCGAACUCAUACGCAGAGUGUUACCCUGCUACGAUGGACGACCUGGCUGUGGACAGUGACGAGGAGGUGGACUACAGUAAGAUGGACCAGGGGAAUAAGAAGGGUCCGCUGGGCCGCUGGGACUUCGACACGCAGGAGGAAUAUUCAGACUACAUGAACAACAAGGAGGCUCUGCCCAAGGCUGCCUUCCAGUACGGCAUCAAGAUGUCUGAGGGCAGGAAGACUCGUCGCUUCAAAGAGACCAACGAGAAGGCCGAGCUGGACCGACAGUGGAAGAAGAUCAGCGCGAUCAUUGAGAAGAGGAAGAAGAUGGAGGCCGACGGGGUGGACGUGAAGAGACCCAAAUACUGAUGACCUCUCCUGCCGUCACUCAGCGAUCAAUAUCGAUCACUUUAUCUUAUCUUAUUAACACGUUAUGUUCUGUGAGUCGUAGUUUUAGUUGAAACAGGCUGAGGUCAAAGGUCGAUCAGCUGUCAGGAAAACAGGAUUUUAAACAGUCAGUGUCUGUCAGUAACUUGAUAUUUGAUGGUAUUGAUUUGUGAUUAAUUGCUUUGUUAGAUUUGAUCAAAAACUCGUCAAUAAAAACUUCUGAUGUCA